CGGAUGAAGUUUAGAAGGAGGAUCUCUUGUUCGGGAUUGGCCAAAGCAGUCACAAGCUGAUGCGAAGUUUAAAAAAACAAAAAACAUUGAACGCGUCCCAGCCAUUCCGAGCACCAGCUUCCGCGUCUUCGAGCUUCGAACUCCUAAAACAACAAUGAGUGAGUCACUGACAGUGUGCGAUGUGGACGAAGAUCUGGUCCAGAAGUUGAAGAAGUUCCGCCUCCGCAAGGAGACCAACAACGCAGCCAUCGUCAUGAAGAUCGAUAAAGACAAACAACUUGUGAUCCUGGAAGAAGAACACGAGGACAUUUCUCCCGACGACCUGAAAGACGAGCUCCCGGAGAGACAGCCCCGAUUUGUGGUGUACAGUUACAAAUACCAGCACGAUGACGGACGAGUGUCCUAUCCUCUUUGCUUCAUCUUCUCUAGCCCCGUGGGUUGCAGACCGGAGCAGCAGAUGAUGUACGCGGGCAGUAAAAACAAGCUGGUGCAUACUGCUGAAAUGACCAAGGUGUUUGAGAUCCGGAACACAGAGGACCUGACGGAGGAAUGGCUGCGGGAGAAACUUAGCUUCUUCCGCUAAUUAACAUCAGAAGGUUCACCAGCGCUGUUCUCUUUUUGAACCCCGACCCGAUUUAAAUAGUGUUUACUACUUCCUGUCUUGUUUUAGGCUUCUCACUGGUUAAAAUGUUCGGGAGGAUUAUGGUACUGCCGCCAACCACCAGGUCUGAUUCCAUCAUCCCCCAUUUGUCGUCUUUGUGGACCAACCUCUUCCUCGCUUCCCGAGUGUUUCAUUUUGGGAGCAUUUCCACGGGUUCCGGAAUUUGUGAAUUUACACUUUUUAUUGUCAUUCCUCUUAAUUUUAGUUCUGGUCUAGUUUUGUCUUAGUUUUCAAGUACUGUACUUCAUUUUUUUUGUUGUGGGAAAACAAACAUUCAUUUCCAGAAUGUGAAAUUCAGCUCGUGUUGAAGAUGAAUUUGAGGGCAUUUAAAUCAUUGUCAAGGACAAUAAGGCACAUAGGACUUCACUAUGGUUAGGUUUCCAUUUCACAUGGCAAAUUCUCGUUUUUUUUUUUUUUUUGUUAAUCCGAGUAUACAGAGGGUCCUUGGUUUAUGAUGGCGUUCUGUUCCUAGGUCAGUGGCGUAACCUGAAUUUGUACGUUAGUCGGAACGCAUGUAUUCUAUCACUAGGGUAAUGUAAUGCAGUAAUUCAAGUCAGAAUCGCAGUAAAUAUUUGUAUAAGUAACACUUGUAGGCCAUGAAUCUAAAAUUAAGCGGCGGUAACUGAGUGUGGCUUCUUGUUCCGCCUGACCACGUAUUUGUACGCUUCGUAGUGCAUUGUGCAGCCUUGCUAAACACGAAAUGUCAUAUGUUGGAACCGUCUUAAACCGAGGACCACCUGUAAAUUAUUUUGUCAUCUUUAAAGAGGAUAUAUGCUUUAUUAACAAUCUAAAUCAGCUCCCAGGUAUCAUUAUGACAUUUCUUUUUUUUGGUCAAAAUUCCCCAAGGAUCAAGAAUUACAGCAAUGCUAAUCUGUGCGUGCAACAUCAGUGUAGUUCUUCUUAGCGUUUUACUUUAAAUUGACAUGAUUUCGGUGUAGUUCGGCCGUCGCUUGAAAGUGACGGAUCUUGGCCUAGCCUAGCGUUCAAGUCAUGGGUAGAGGACCUUGGUGUGGGGGCAGGGUUAUGUAUAAAAACUGCCCUGUGAUGUCACAAUCUGUCGAAAUGCUGAAGUGCUCGCUUACAGACACAUUUUCAGAAAUAGGCAGCUCACAAAAAAAAAAAAUUAAAUGAAUAAUUUCACACUUGAUGGGGAUACAAUUUUCUAUACAAGUUCAUUUUCAUAAUAAGUCCACUUUAAAUGAGAUCUAGACUUUUUGUAGGGGAAAAGCAGCGUUAAGUGGACACUUAAUUGAUACCCGAAAGAAACUGUUGGUAUGCCAAACAUGUUGUCCUCUUUUGUGCCCUUGAUUGUUCAUCUCAAAACAUUCCAAACUGGACAAUUUACACACAGAUUAGCUGUGACACUCUUGAACGCUGCAUAGUUCUUAUUACCGCGCAUUACAGGUAUUAUUAUUUUUUUAACAACUUUUGAUCGCUAGUCAUGUUGAUGAAUGUCAUGUACUUUUGAAAGACACCAAUCGGGAGUGCUUCAUUAGGAAAAUUAACAAGCUGUCAUUUUCUAUACUAUUUUAAACGGGGUGGGGAGUUUCUCUGAAUGUUCUGAACUCCUGAUUCAGGUUUAUAGGCUAUAGCUCCACUUCCCUUAAUUAACGUCAUCACGGGUUUCUAUGGAUGGCAAAAAGUAGUUGCGAGCCUCAGCUGAUUCGAGACACCAUUAUGCCAACAAUUGAAUUUGUAGGAAUUCUUUAUUUUUUUUUAAAUGAAUUUAUUAUUUCACCCUUCUGAUGUGUUGAAUGUGACAGAAGCUUUGAUAUUUGUGCCAGUUACCUUUAUAUAAAAAAAAAAAUAAUCUGUAUAGUUGUGAUUGUCUUCAGUCGUUCAGGUCUUUUUGGGCUGUAAACUAAAUAUUGACUUUCAUGAGGUACAAAUGCCAGUGUAGAUGCAAAAGCAAAUGAUAUUAAUUCCAAACUUGGAGGAAGUGUCCCUUUUAACGCAUUAUAAUAAAAUAUUUGAAAUGUUUGACGAUUUAACAUUAAUGAAUUAACUGCCCCCGUGUCUACAGUUUGCGUGUCAGCAGGCUAUGGAAGCCGCCAAGCGGGGAAAAAAACAAGUUUUCGCUUUUUUGAAGACAAAAAAAAAUAAAUUGAAGUGACCCAAAGAAAACGAUUAAAUCGAUUGAUCGCCAAGCAAGUAGGGCUUUUGUUACCAUGACGAACUGGAGCGGCGCUAUGGGGGUUGCUAUGAGAGUGUAAAGACCAAAAAAAGAAAAAAAGGAUUGUAUUUUCACUUGUAGAGGCAGCACUUCGUCACCAAGCCGUCAAAUUACACGUGUCUUAUCAGUGAAGCGGAUGCGUGCAUGUGGCACAUCUGGCAGACAUAUCGCCAAACAGUCAUAUCCCAAUUAAUCAUCGCCUGCCACCGUGGGGGACCGAGGUUCAAGACCCCAACUGGACCAUCCGCCAACAUCCCCCGGACUCACGGCUGUAGUGUCCUUGAGCAAGACACUGAUACCCCGAAAUGCUCCCCGGGCGCUUCAGCUGCCCCCUGCUCCAGUGUGUUCCAAUAACAUGUGUAUGUGUUCACUGUGAUGGGUAAAAUGCAGAGAACAAAUUUCAUGUGCAUGCAUACAUGGUCAUGACAAUAAGUGAUUAUUCUUACAUUUUCAAUCAUACAUUAUUAGUAUGCUGUAUAAUACCCAAUGUCUUUUCUGGGCGGGAUUAAAAAUGUUAUUUGGGGUUAUAACUUUUGUCAAAUUACAAUCCUUGGAACAUGCACAAUUUUUUCAAAAUUAUGUUUCCUCUGCUUCUUGGAACACAGUAACACUUAAAACAAGGAGACUCAAAAGCUGACAGGUUUUUAACUGCUGUAAUUGAAUUACGCUGAUUUCUCGCUCGCUCUUUUUUUUCAGGUUUGUCACAGCUGCAUUCUAUCUGAUAUAUUUAAUUACACUCCUUUUUUUUUUAAAGAAAAGUGAGUACGAGUUGAGUUAUAAGGUGAUUCAACUGAUUACUCCCCUCCUUACAGUAUUAUAAUGAUAAUGUAGAAUUGUCGUAUUCAUUCUGUCCUACUGUUUUCUUUCCUUUCCAAUUGGAAAGCAAAAAACAACAACAACAAAAAACAUUUCUCAUAAAGGAGAGUGAAACUUGAGAUACAGUACUGUAUUUGUAUUUUCCAUACUGUACUUUAUUAUAAAAGUGUCUGUAGACUCCUGUUGUCCAAAUAAAAGCGUAGGUGAUGGUUA